GCCUCUUCAAUGAUCCUGUGNAUGUGAAACCAAAUGUAGCAUACGAUGUAUGGUGCAGAUUGAACAGCGAUCCAGAAUCGCAAUACGACGGCGUGAGUCCAAUUCUUGAGAUACACUCAAUCGAGGCGCCUUCUGAAAGUCAAAAGAUAUCGCUCAGUCCUGUAUAAGCUCGACGCGAAUCAGGAGAGAGUCCGAAAAUGUGUGAAGAAGAACCGUCCCCGUCUACGUCGUCGGUGCCAAGGAAUGCGAGUAUUCCAAUUGAUCAGGCGUCAUCAUUGGAUCAACCGUCAAGUAACCACCAAUCCACAGUGCAAAGUCAAGAGCCAUCUGCGCAAACUCAGCAGCAAGCCACGGAAAGUCAAAAAAUGCACGAGGAAGAACAUUCACGACCAUUAGUUGGUGGUGAAACAUCUUCAAACCAUACCCUGACUUCUCCAGGAAAUCAGCAAACGCAUACGGUGAUUAACGAAGGAACGGCCAACAAUCAAAUGUCGUCAGUAAAAAAUCGGAAUGACUUGGAAGCAGUUCAGGAAAUAACGGCAGUGGAUCUAAAGCCGUUAGUUACGGUCGUU